AUGAAGAUCGUACUUGGGGUGCUCCUAAUCACUGUAGCGAGCGCUUUUAAUCACUAUGACACCAACUCGUGGAAACGCAGGGAGGAUUUCAAGGUCGCGACCGCGAGCCGAUCGGUCGCACCGAUCAAGGUUAAAGAAGUCCGCCCGCAACGAUUGAGCGCUCGUAAAACAAGACCAUCGAGCCUGCUCAGGAGCGACAUUCUCCAGAAUUCCGCGAGAAAAUUCGCAAUAGUCGAGGAUUCGGACGAGGAUAUCUGGAAUCCGGAUGUUGCCAAAGUACAGCAGGAUCUGACGCGUGAGAAUCGAGCCAUCGAGACGACGCUGAAAAACGUGAUCGGCCAGCCAUCUUUAGGCAAGGUCGAGCAGUAUCAGUACUUUUCGAAUUUUCCGUACGACAGUGACGAAUCGGCGGACGCCAUAUUGGAAGAUGCGGAGCAACCAAAGAACACAGCAUUUUCCAAAGAUACUCAAAAUCAUUUCUUGGAUGAUAACGCGAAAGGAGUGGAUUGGAGUGAACAAGAUGUAUUCGAGAAGGACCUGCAAGACGAGGAAGAGGAAAUUAGUAUCCAGGAAUUUCUCGACGAAAUUCGACAGAAAAGACUGAACGGAGAGGUCGAACUGGCGGGCACAAAUCGGCAGGGCAGAAGGAGGAAACUCACCAGUCAACAGCAAGGUGUUCUGCUGGUGGAGACACUCAGGAAGAAGCGAAACCACACAAAUGACCAUCGAGGACACAGUUCCAAUCUCCAGAGCGGCCUUAUGGAUAUGUUGGGCAGAAUGAUACCGCAAACGUGCAAAUAUAAAGGUGCGAAAUUCGAGUGCAGCCUCAGUAUUAGCUGCGUUUUAGGCGGCGGUCGACCCGUCGACCUCUGUUCCGGCGGUUUAAUAUGGAGUUGCUGCGUGGACGACGACGACAUACCCGAAAAAAUACCGCAACCGAGCGUGGGUUUGCUACAGAAUGCCAGCUGCGGCGAGCUUUACACUAGGAGCAACAGGAUUGUGGGUGGGCACUCGACCAGUUUCGGCAGCCAUCCGUGGCAGGCUGCUAUUAUCAAAUCAGGAUUCCUCUCCAAGAAGUUAUCUUGCGGCGGCGCUUUACUGAACAAUCGAUGGGUGGUCACCGCGGCGCAUUGUAUCGCGACGACGCCGAAUAGCAAUUUAAAAGUUCGACUUGGAGAGUGGGACGUUCGGGACGCGGCAGAACGGCUGCUCCACGAAGAAUUUACCGUCGAGAGAAAAGAGGUACACCCGCAAUAUUCUCCCGUCGACUUUCGGAACGACGUGGCUUUGGUGAAGCUGUCGCGGACGGUAGCUUUCAAGCAACACAUCGUCCCGGUUUGCCUGCCGGCAAGGAAUUUGAAGCUCUCCGGCCGAACCGCAACCGUCGCUGGUUGGGGACGAACCAGGCAUGGUCAAACUUCCGCGCCAUCCGUUCUUCAAGAAGUCGAUGUCGAGGUAAUACCAAACGAGAGAUGUCAACGAUGGUUCAGAGCAGCCGGAAGAAGAGAAACCAUUCACGAUGUAUUCCUAUGCGCGGGUUAUAAAGAAGGUGGACGAGAUUCUUGUCAGGGCGAUUCCGGUGGACCGCUCACAAUGUCCGUGGAAGGAAGACAUGUUCUUAUUGGUUUGGUUUCGUGGGGCAUCGGCUGCGGCCGCGAACAUUUGCCCGGUGUCUAUACCAAUAUCCAGAAAUUUGUGCCCUGGAUCGAUAAAGUUAUGAGCUAAAGCGGAGAAGAGAAGCCUCAGUUCCUUCGAAAGUCGGAUUACUUUAUCCAAUCGAAAAAAAAAAGGAAAAAACUCGCGAGAAGAACUCGGGCAAAGCCUUAACUCAUCUUUUAACACGUUAACCGUCACGCUAAAUUUCCAAAAGUUCUGGCAGAUUAUUUAGUAAAACUGUAACGAUUUUAGUUUGAUACUUCUUUUAUAUUUUUUUAUUUCCCUCUCACGCAUUUGUUAGUUACAAUAUCGAAGAAAAAGAAUAAGCUUAAAGUUGUGAGUAACUCGAACAGUAACAAAGAAAUCUGUCUCAUUGUUUAGGCAAAGUGAUAAUGAUGUAAAAAUAUGAGUAAAAUUACAUCAACUGCUUCUAAUUCAAUAAUGAUGAUACCAAAACUAAUGAGAAUGAAGAACUCGUAGAAAAAUUAUUGAUUGAACAAAAAAUGAGCGUAGACACACAUCGGAACGCUUAAAACGAAUUUAUAUCAAAGGAUAUUCAGAAUUAUUGUUGGAAAAAAGAAGAGACAGUAUCCAAAGAAGAAAGUAACGAUAUUGUUGUACUGAAGUGGAAAAACAUCUAUAUAAUUAUAAUAUCAAAAUUCACAAUAUAACAUUGCUUCCGCUAGCCAAUCAUCGUGUACGGCAGUUUAGCGUGUUGAAGACUCUUAAACUCGUGCUCGAUUGUUCUUGAAAAAUAGGCACUCUCUCAAAAGUGCCAAAAAGCAUGACGAUUGUUACAGUGUUAUGUUAAUGCAAUAUAAUGAUCAUUAAGUUCAAAACUAGCAGUAAAAAGUUAAUUGAAGUUAUAUACAAUUGACGUAGAACUAAUUGGCGAUGCCAAUUAAUCGAGGACGAAGUUCUUAAGAUGUUGAAAUGAAGAUAUUUAAUAUGAAGAAUAUUUGUAAGCUGUU